AACUUGAGUGCUUCCUCCUGCCUCACUCUCUCUCUCUCUCUCUCUCUCUCUCGCUUCCUUCCUAGGGUUUAAGGUGAGGGAGCGCGAUGGAGAACAAGCUGCGGGCGAUGGUGAGGGACUGCUUGGACAAGCAUCUUCAUGCGUCUGCCAUCUUCCUGGCUGACAAGCUGGUGACGGUGGGAGGCACGGAAGAGGAUGUGCAUUUGCACGCACAGGCACUCUUCCAGGGCAGACAGUUUAGAAGGGCGCUGCAUCUGCUUCGCACUCACGGCCUCCUCCACCUCCACCCUCGCUACCGCUACCUCGCCGCAAAGUGUUUGGAAGAGAUCAAGGAAUGGGACGAGUGCCUCUCGGUACUGGGCGACUACGAGGUUGACCAGCAUGGAAACUACCCCAUGAAGGACGACAUUGAUCCAGAGUCGGGCCACCAAGCAGGCAUCAAUAUCGCUGCCGCGCUGUGCCUGCUGCGAGGGCGCGCAUGCGAAGCUCUGGAAAACAGGACCAGAGCUCUCUGCUGGUACAAGGCGUCCCUUAGAGUAGACCCAUACUGUUACGAGGCGUACGAGCACAUCGUAGACAACCACAUGCUCUCCAGCGAGAAAGAAGUAGCCUUCCUGUCGUCUCUCAAGUUCGAUGCAGACGAUCGCUGGCUCUCACUGCUUUAUUCUUGUCAAGCCAAGAAAUAUGGGCAGAUAAGUGCGCUCGAGUCCAAGCUUUCUGAACUGGAAAGGGAACCACAGAAACACAGCAACGUGGGCCUGUCGUUGAAGGAUAACAACGACGUCUUGGCAUGCAGAGCAGACUACCUCUAUCAUCGAGGAGAGUUUCAAUUGUGCUACGACAUUACAAAGACGCUGCUCGAAAAGGAUCCUUACCAUCUCAAGUGUAUGCCGUUACAUCUAGGUGCCGCACUAGAGCUUGGGCGCAAGAACGAGCUGUUUUUAAGAGCACACAAUCUCGUCCAAGAGUAUUCUCAAAGGUACUUACCACCUGUCAAAGUUUGUAUGCCUCACUCAAAACUUUGCUGCAGGCCCAUUGCUUGGUUCGCCGUGGGAUGCUACUACUACUGCAUCCGGCAAUUUGAUCACGCCCGUCGCUACUUCUGCAAGGCAACGACGUUGGACGGGGCAUUUUAUCCUGCAUGGCUGGGUUUUGGCAAUGCGUAUGCAGCCCAGGACGAAAGUGACCAGGCUAUGGCGGCAUACAGAACCGCUGCGCGUCUCUUCUCCGGUUGCCACAUGCCCGCUUUGUGCAUCGGCAUGGAGUAUCUAAGAACAAACAACCUCAACCUUGCCGAGCAGUUCUUUAUGCAGGCCAAAGGGAUCUGUCCAACCGAUCCUCUCGUGUACAACGAGCUCGGUGUCAUGGCUUACCGCAACAGGGAGUACGAAGAAGCAGCUCGGUGGCUACGCAAGGCCUUGGUUCUUGUCCAAGAGACGAGGAAUAGCCUGACCUUGUGUUGGGAGCCUACUGUUGUCAACCUGGCGCAUACCUUGCGUAAACUCAAACUAUAUCCGGAGGCGAUAUCCAUGUACGAGAAAGCCUUGGCUCUUUGCCCUCGUGGAGCUACGACAUAUGCAGCGCUGGGCUUCACCCAUCACCUUCAGGGAAGCACUGGUAUCGCCAUCGACUUUUAUCACAAGGCGCUGGGCUUGAAACCCGAUGAUACUUUCACGGCAGAGAUGCUCACUGCAGCCCUGACUGAAGAAUGCCUACGGCCCAGCUUUGCCAAAGAGCUCACGGCCCUUCACUAAACAAACAGUGUAAUCUCAAACAUCUGUAACAGAAGGAACACAUAGGGUUUUGUU